GGCCCCUGGCUUUCCGCUGGGUCUGGCGGAAAUAAGCCGUGGCUCUCGGGGGUGGCGGAGCCCCUAGAGCUAGGCGCGCGGCUCCGCAAGCAGAGACCAGGCUCCGCCCUGACCCAGCGGCCGUCGACCCACUCACCGGGAGCGACAGUGGCUCGGCCCUGGAGUCCCGAGUCCCCGCGCGCCACGCCCCCUGCCUGCCCGCCCGCCUGCCUGUCCUGCGGAGGCACGCCCCCUCCCGCCUCUUCCGCCUCGACCCCUUCGGGGGGCCUAGGGUGGGCCCAAAUCUUCGCCCGCGUCGACGCCAGCGUCUGUCCCGCAUCCCUAGCUCUGCGAAGGACAGGCCUCGCGCCAGGACCCCGGUGGAUUUCUGAGGUGCCAGGAUGGUGGGGGAACUUCGCUACAGGGAAUUCAGGGUGCCCCUGGGGCCGGGCUUACAUGCCUAUCCUGAUGAGCUGAUCCGUCAGCGGGUGGGCCACGAUGGGCAUCCUGAGUACCAGAUUCGCUGGCUCAUCCUCAGGCGCGGGGAUGAUGGGGAAGGGGGCUCCAGCCAAGUGGACUGCAAGGCUGAGCACAUCCUGCUAUGGAUGUCCAAUGACGAGAUCUAUGCCAACUGCCACAAGAUGCUGGGCGAGAAUGGCCAAGUCAUCGGGCCCUCUCAGGAGUCUGCAGGGGAGGCUGGGGCCUUGGACAAAUCUGUGCUGGGGGAGAUGGAAACCGAUGUGAAGUCUCUGAUUCAGAGAGCCCUUCGGCAACUAGAGGAAUGUGUGGGCACCAUCCCUCCUGCCCCUCUGCUUCACACUGUCCAUGUGCUCAGUGCCUAUGCCAGCAUCGAGCCCCUCACUGGGGUAUUCAAAGACCCAAAAGUCCUGGACUUGCUCAUGCACAUGUUGAGUAGUCCCGAUUAUCAGAUUCGCUGGAGUGCUGGCCGGAUGAUACAAGCCCUGUCCUCCCAUGACGCUGGUGAGGGGCAGUAUGGGGAGGAAGGGAAAGCAGGAGAGGGGCUGGGUCGGCUCAGGGACUCACAGGACACUGUGGCAGGAGCCUCUGACCUCACCAGGACCCGGACCCAGAUCCUUCUGUCACUGAGCCAACAAGAGGCCAUUGAGAAGCACCUGGAUUUUGACAGCCGCUGUGCUCUGCUGGCAUUGUUUGCACAGGCCACACUCUCUGAACAUCCCAUGUCUUUUGAGGGCAUUCAGCUGCCACAGGUCCCAGGAAGGCUGCUCUUCUCCCUGGUGAAGCAUUAUUUGAAUGUCACCUCACUCCUGGAUCAGCUGAAUGACAGUGCUACAGAACCAGGAGCCCAGAACAACUCUGCUCCUGAAGAGUUGAGUGGGGAGAGGGGUCGGCUGGAGCUGGAGUUCAGUAUGGCCAUGGGCACCCUGAUCUCGGAGCUAGUGCAGGCCAUGCGCUGGGACCGGGCCUCAAGCAGACCAGGGAGCUCAGCACAGGCUCCCGGUUCCAUCUUCCAGCCUCAGCUGGCAGAUGCGGGUGCAGGGCUUCCACCCACCCAGGCCCAGCCCUCCCUCAGGAGGUCAAAGCGGUUUCGCCCCCGUUCUCAGUUUGCAAGUGGCAAUACCUAUGCCUUGUAUGUGCGGGACACGCUGCAGCCGGGGAUGCGAGUGCGGAUGCUGGCUGACUACGAGGAGAUCAGUGCCGGGGAUGAAGGCGAGUUCCGGCAGAGCAACAGUGGUGUGCCCCCUGCACAGGUGUUCUGGGAGUCAACGGGCCGCACCUAUUGGGUGCACUGGCACAUGCUGGAGAUCUUGGGCUUUGAGGAAGACAUUGAGGACGUGGUCGCAGCUGAUGAGCACCAGGGGGCAGUGGUCAGUGGAGCCCUGGGUAGAGCCCUGCCCUCCUGGCGCUGGAAGCCGAUGACGGAGCUCUAUGCUGUACCUUAUGUGCUGCCUGAGGAUGAGGACACUGAGGAGAGUGAACACCUGACCCAGGCUGAGUGGUGGGAGCUCCUUUUCUUCAUCCAGAAGCUGGAUGGACCCGGCCAUCAGGAGGUUCUCGAGAUCCUCCAGGAGAACCUAGAUGGGGAGCACAUCCUGGAUGAUGAGAUCUUGGCUGAGCUGGCUGUGCCCAUAGAGUUGGCCCAGGACCUGCUGCUGUCUCUACCACAGCGACUUGAUGACAGCGCCCUCAGGGACCUGAUCAACUGCCGUGUCUAUAGGAAGUAUGGGCCUGAAGCCUACCCAUCCCUUCUAGAAGCCCAGCAAGAUGUCCUCCUGUUGAAAGCCCAGGACCAGGCUCGGGAAUCAGAAGAUGCAGCCAGAGUGGAAGUGAAAGAACCCCCAUCUCAGAGCCUCAACACUCCCCUGCAGCAACUGGUGGAGGGUUAUGGUCCUGCUGGGAAGAUCCUCCUGGAUCUGGAGCAAGCCCUCAGCUCGGGAGGGACCCAGGACAGCAAAGUCAAGCCGCUCCUGCUGCAGUUGCAGCGGCAGCCCCAGCCCUUCCUCACGCUGAUGCAGAGCCUGGACACUCCGGAGACCAACAGGGCACUGCACCUGACCUCUCUGAGAAUCCUGAUGCAGCUGGUGGACUUCCCCGAGGCACUGCUGCUUCCCUGGCACGAGGCCAUGGACGCCUGCAUGGCCUGCUUGCGGUCCCCAAACACUGACCGAGAGGUGCUCCAGGAACUGAUUUUUUUCCUGCACCGCCUGACCUCGGUGAGCAGGGACUAUGCUGUGGUGCUCAAUCAGCUGGGAGCCCGAGACGCCAUCUCCAAGGCCCUGGAAAAGCACCUGGGAAAGCUGGAGCUGGCUCAGGAGCUGCGGGACAUGGUGUUCAAGUGUGAGAAGCAUGCACACCUCUACCGGAAACUCACCACCAACAUCUUGGGAGGCUGCAUCCAGGUCAGGAGGAAGGGCAGGGGAAGCGUGUGGGCUCCGAGCCGCAUCAGAAUCUGCAACCCAAGCAGUGGCGGGGAAGGGGCUGUGUUCCUACAGCUGGGAACAGCAGGUGACACCAGUGAGCCUGGGGCAUUCGUUCCCCACCCCCUUCCCUGUCCCGGCCUGCUUUGCUGGUGUUGUGGAGGAAGUCCCACUGCUGCUUGGUCUUCCUUCCAUAUAUGUUUCCCUGUGUCUCUCCGUGUUCUCCCCACCUUCUCUCUGAUGUUCUGGCUGCAGAUGGUGCUAGGCCAGAUCGAAGACCACAGACGAACCCACCGGCCCAUCAACAUCCCUUUCUUUGAUGUGUUCCUCAGAUAUCUGUGCCAGGGCUCCAGUGUGGAAGUGAAGGAGGACAAGUGCUGGGAGAAGGUGGAGGUGUCCUCCAACCCGCACCGGGCCGGCAAGCUGACGGACCGCAACCCCAGGACCUACUGGGAGUCCAAUGGCAGUGCAGGCUCCCACUACAUCACCUUGCACAUGCACCAGGGUGUCCUCAUCAGGCAGCUGACUCUGCUGGUAGCUAGCGAGGACUCGAGCUACAUGCCAGCCCGGGUGGUGGUCUAUGGGGGCGACAACACCAGCUCUCUUAACACGGAACUCAACUCGGUGAACGUGAUGCCCUCCGCCAGCCGGGUGAUCCUCCUGGAGAACCUGAACCGCUUCUGGCCCAUCAUCCAGAUCCGCAUAAAGCGCUGCCAGCAGGGUGGCACCGAUACGCGCAUUCGGGGGUUGGAGAUCCUGGGCCCCAAACCCACAUUCUGGCCAGUGUUUCGGGAGCAGUUGUGUCGUCACACACGCCUCUUCUACAUGGUUCGGGCACAGGCCUGGAGCCAGGACAUGGCAGAGGACCGCAUGAGCCUCCUGCACCUGAGUUCUAGACUCAAUGGGGCUCUGCGCCAGGAGCAGACUUUUGCUCACCACUUCCUUCCUGACAACGAGGCUGCCCGAGCUCUGGGCAAGACCUGCUGGGAGGCCCUGGUCAGCCCCCUGGUCCAGAACAUCACCUCACCUGAUGAGGAUGGCAUCAGCCCCCUGGGCUGGCUGUUGGACCAAUACCUGGAGUGUCGCGAGGCUGCACACAACCCCCAGAGCCGCGCGGCAGCCUUCUCCUCACGGGUGCGCCGCCUCACACACCUGUUGGUGCAUGUCGAGCCCUGCGAGGCAUCCCCGCCAGUGGUGGCCACUCCUCGGCCCAAGGGCAGAAACAGAAGCCAUGACUGGAGCUCCCUGGCCACCCGGGGCCUUCCAAGCAGCAUCAUGAGAAACCUGACCCGCUGCUGGCGGGCCGUGGUGGAGGAACAGGUGAACAAUUUUCUGACCUCAUCCUGGCGGGAUGAUGACUUUGUGCCACGCUACUGUGAGCACUUUAAUAAUCUGCAGAAGUCGAGUUCUGAGCUGUUUGGGCCACGGGCAGCCUUCUUGCUGGCGCUGCAGAACGGCUGUGCAGGGGCCUUGCUGAAGCUCCCUUUCCUCAAAGCCGCCCACGUGAGUGAGCAGUUUGCCCGGCACAUUGACCAGCGGAUCCAGGGCAGCCGGAUCGGUGGAGCCCGGGGCAUGGAGAUGCUGGCGCAACUACAGCGAUGCCUGGAAACGGUUCUCAUUUUCUCUGGCCUGGAGAUAGCCACCACCUUUGAGCAUUACUACCAGCACUACAUGGCAGACCGUCUCCUGGGCGUGGGCUCCAGCUGGCUGGAAGGGGCUGUGCUGGAGCAGAUCGGUCCCUGCUUCCCCAACCGCCUGCCCCAGCAGAUGUUGCGGAGCCUGAGCACCUCUGAGGAGCUGCAGCGCCAGUUCCAUGUCUAUCAGCUCCAGCGGCUUGAUCAGGAACUCCUAAAGCUGGAAGAUACAGAGAGGAAAAUACAAGUGGGUGCCUUGGAAGGAAUGAGCAAAUGGGCAGGUAGGAAGGAAGAGAGGAAGAGCAGACUGGAGGAGGCCAUGGCACCUGGGAACCCUGUGCCCCUUCAGGUGGGCUGUGAGGCCAAUGGCAAGGAGCACGAGAGCGAGGACGAUGGGGAAGCUGGGACAGCAGCAGCGGUGGACGUGGUGGAGGGAGAGGAGGAGGAGGAGGAGGAGGAGGAGGAGAAUGAGGACCUCUACUAUGAAGGGGCAAUGCCAGAAGUGUCUGUGCUCGUCCUGUCCCCACGCUGCUGGCCUGUCGCCUCAAUCUGCCACACACUGAACCCAAGAACCUGCCUGCCUUCCUACCUGAGGGGCACUUUGAACCGAUACUCCAACUUCUACAACAAGAGUCAGAGCCACCCUGCCCUAGAGCAAGGCUCGCAGAGGCGACUGCAGUGGACGUGGCUGGGCCGGGCUGAGCUGCAGUUUGGGGAUCAGACCCUGCAUGUGUCCACCGUGCAGAUGUGGCUGCUACUGUAUCUCAAUGAUCUGAAGGUGGUCUCUGUGGAGAGCCUGCUGGAGCUCUCAGGGCUCUCUCCAGACAUGCUGAAUCAGGCGAUUGGGCCUCUCACCUCUUCAAGAGGCCCCCUGGACCUUCACGAGCCAAAGGAUGUACCAGGAGGGUUCCUCAAGAUUCGAGAUAGCAGCGAGGAACUCAGGCCAAGGAGGGGAAACGUGUGGCUCAUCCCACCUCAGACGUACCUGCAAGCUGAGGAUGAAGAGGGCCGGAACUUGGAGAAGAGACGGAACCUUGUGAACUGCCUCAUUGUCCGAAUCCUCAAGUCCCACGGGGAUGAGGGGCUGCACAUUGACCAGCUUGUCUGUCUGGUGCUGGAAGCUUGGCAGAAGGGUCCAUGUCCUUCCAGGGGUUUGGUCAGUACCCUUGGUAGGGGGUCUGCCUGCAGCAGCACCGAUGUCCUCUCCUGCAUCCUGCACCUCCUGGGCAAGGGCACACUGAGACGCCAUGAUGCCCGGCCCCAGAUGCUGUCCUAUGCAGUCCCUGUGACCGUGAUGGAGCCUCACACCGAGUCCCUGAACCCAGGCUCUUUGGGCCCCAACCCACCCCUCACCUUCCACACCCUGCAGAUUCGCUCACGGGGUGUGCCCUAUGCCUCCUGCACUGCCACCCAGAGCUUCUCUACCUUCCAGUAGCCCUGGAGAUGGGAUCCAGGGUAGGUAGGGCUGGGGCUUUCUACAGAAAUAAAAUACAGGAGUUUGAUUGUA